AUGUGGAACCCUCCCAGGUUCAAAAAUGAACCCACGAAAGACUACGCAAAAGGCUCCCCGGAAAGAGCAGAGCUGGUUGCCGCGCUUCAAAGAGCCAAGCAGCAGCAGCCAGCAAAGAUUCCUCUGGUUGUAAAUGGUGUUACUAUCAACUCUGACACAAGCACCAAGCAAAUCAACCCUUCACGACAUGGUGAGGCAGUGGCCGAGUAUGCUUCAGCAACGCCGCAGAAUGUCAACGCUGCCAUCGACGCUGCUCUGAGAGCAAAAUCGGCGUGGGAAAACAUGCCAUUCGAAGACCGGGCCUCGAUCUUCUUACGGGCUUGCGAACUCAUUUCGACCAAAUACCGCGCCGAGGUCGUUGCCACGACCAUGUUGGGCCAGGGCAAGAAUAUCUGGCAGUCAGAAAUCGACGCCGCCGCCGAGACGUGUGACUUCUUCCGUUACUACAUCCAAGAAUGUUGGGCCCUCUUUGGUCAACAGCCCCAGGUUCACCCGUCCGGCACAUGGAACAAGCUCGAGUAUCGGCCGCUGGAAGGCUUCGUGUACGCGAUUGCGCCCUUCAACUUUACAGCGCUCGGGGCCACGCUUGUCGGACCCGCUGCGCUACUCGGGAAUGUAGUCAUUUGGAAACCGUCACCUUCUGCCCUCCACUCGGCCUGGCUUCUGCACAAGAUACUACUUGAAGCAGGUCUGCCCCAGGAUGUGAUACAGUUUGUGCCGGGUGAUGCCGAGACCAUAACGGAUACGGUCCUCGCGCGCCGCGAGUUCGCGGGUCUCUCGUACAUUGGCUCCACGGCCGUGUUCAAGGGCCUACAGAGGAAGAUUGGCAAUGCUAUUGGCGACGGGGUCUUCGCGAGCUACCCUCGCGUGGUCGGCGAGACCGGCGGCAAGAACUGGACCAUCGUUCAUGCAUCGGCGGACAUUGGGAGCGCGGUGUGCAACGCCGUCCGGUCGGCGUUCGAGUACCAAGGUCAGAAAUGUUCGGCCCUCUCGCGCCUCUACGUGGCCAAGUCUGUCUGGCCGGACUUCCGACGACAGCUCCAGGAACAGACGGCGCUUCUUCAAGUCGGGGACCCGGAGAACUUUGAGAACUUCAUCAACACGGUCAUCCACGAGCGGUCGUUCGACAAGCUCAACGAGGUGAUCGAAUCGGCAAAGUCCGACCCCGAACUUGAACUCGUCGCCGGCGGCCAGGCGUCCAAGGAAGUCGGCUACUACGUGCACCCCACCGUCUACCGGACGAGAAAUCCGAAGCACGACAUCAUGGUCCGCGAGCUAUUCGGUCCCAUCCUGGCCGUGUACGUGUACGACGACGACAAGUGGCAGGAGACGCUGGGACUACUCGAUGGAACCUCGACUUACGCACUCACUGGGGCCAUCUUUGCCCGAGACCCGAUCGCCUCGCGACAGGCUCAAGAGAUCCUCAAACAUGCGGCCGGUAUGCUCUACCUCAACACCAAAUGUACCGGCUCCGUGGUGGCGCAGCAGCCCUUUGGUGGUAGCCGGGAUAGUGGCACCAACGAUAAAACGGGAACCAUGGCUCAUCUUCAGCGGUUUACGAGCGUGAGGACCAUCAAGGAGGAGUUUGGCUCAUUGUCGCAAGUUUUGUAUCCUUCCAAUGAGGUGUAG